UGGAAGCGCGGGAGGUGGAGGAGGACGCGCACAUUGGCGCGAUGCUGCGCGCGAUGGCGUCGUCGCGCAAGAUCUUUAGCUUGUCUAGCGGGAUAUCCAGGGCGGAUUUCUUCCGGCGCGUCGCUGCCCUCUCCAAGGGAUUGCGGGGAUUGGUCCAAUACGGGGAGCGCGUCGCGAUUGCAGCCCUUACGAGCGAAUACUAUCUUGAAUGGAUGCUGGCAGUGCCCUGCGCUGGUGGAAUCGUUGCACCUCUUAACUAUAGAUGGAGUUUUGAUGAAGCAAAUGCCGCAAUCCAGCUUGUCCGGCCUGCGAUUCUCGUUUUGGAUGAACAAUGCCGGCACUGGGGUGAGCCUCUAAGUGAACUAUAUCCGUGGAUGAUGCAAGUUUUUUUAGAAGAAGAUUGCGAGACUCUUCGUGGAGAGUCUAUAAUGCGUUGCAAUGGAGAGACCGAAACAAAUCUGGAUCUGUGUUUCGCUCCUAACAACAUUGCUUUGAUUUGUUUCACUUCGGGAACCACUGGAACACCUAAAGGAGUGUCCCUCACUCACAGGGCUUUGGUUGCGCAGUCCUUGGCAAAGCUUGCCAUUGUUGGUUAUUCGAGUAUGGAUGUCUAUCUUCAUACUGCACCACUUUGCCACAUAGGUGGGAUUUCUUCUGUGCUGGCCAUGGUCAUGGCUGGAAGCCAGCAGCUUUUUCUCCCGAAGUUUGAGACUAGUGCCGUCCGCCAAGCCUUGAAAGACUACAACAUUUCUACAAUGAUUGUGGUGCCGACAAUUCUGCGAGACAUUUUGGAGCCUGGAAAGAGUGGAAGUGAUCAAGUUUUCCCCAGCAUGCUAACAAUUCUGAACGGUGGCGGGUCAGUUCCAUCGCGUCUUCUUCCUGCUGUCAAGAAAACUUUCCCAAAUGCACGGCUCUUCUCUGCAUAUGGAAUGACCGAAGCGUGUUCUUCCAUGACAUUUUUACGGCUUGAUGGACAUGUCCCACUUGGUGUGGGUUCGUGUGUUGGGAAGCCGCCUCCUCACGUACAAGUCGGGAUAAAAGAUGGUCGGAUAUUCACCCGGGGGCCUCAUGUUAUGCAUGGCUACUGGGGACAAACCAUAGAAACAGCAGGUGUUCUGCAGCAGGAUGGCUGGCUUGACACUGGAGACAUUGGAAAGAUAGACAAAGCUGGAAAUCUGUGGCUGCUGGGCAGAGCGAAAGAUGUAGUGAAAACCGGUGGCGAGAACGUAUACGCUUCAGAGGUGGAGAUGGUUCUUUCUCAGCAUCCAUCGGUUUCUUCUGUGGCUGUUGUUGGCGUCCCUGAGUCGCGGUUGAGCGAGAUCGUUGCUGCCGUGGUGAGGCUUCACGACGGAUGGACAUGGUCAAUAAGCGAGCAUCCCAUGACGGUUUCUGAAAGUGAUUUACGACUGCAUUGCAGCAAGCAGGGGCUUUCGAGAUAUAAGAUCCCAAAACUCAUCGUUCAACGGCAAGAUCCAUUUCCUGUGACGUCCACGGGGAAAGUUAGGAAGGACAUGAUUAAGGCUGGCCUUUCUAAGCUAUAAAAGAUUUUUUUAUUUUCCUUCU